CUGUGUCUGCAGAAGAAGGAAAACCUCCGCUCAAAAUUUCGCAUUUUUCGUGUUUUAUUGCUUCGAAAGCGAUUGUACUUAAGGUCGGGAAUCCAAUGGACAAGUGUUCUUUGCCCUUAAAAAACGUAGAAAGUAAGACCCAUGAUAAUAAGAAGAGGGUGUUAUCUGGGAAGGAAGCAUUGGUGAAGCUUUUAAGAUGGCAUUUUGGUUAUCCUGAUUUUAGGGGCAAGCAAUUGGAGGCUAUUCAAGCUGUACAUUCGGGAAGAGAUUGUUUUUGCCUUAUGCCUACAGGAGGGGGGAAGUCGUUAUGUUAUCAGAUCCCUGCAUUGGCUAAAACAGGAAUAGUUCUUGUUGUUUGUCCAUUAAUAGCUUUGAUGGAAAACCAAGUGAUGUCAUUAAAAGAGAAAGGAAUUGCUGCAGAAUUUCUCUCCUCAACCCAAACAGCCGAUGCAAAAAAUAAGAUUUAUGAGGACCUUGAUUCUGCAAAGCCUUCUAUAAGGCUGCUGUAUGUCACUCCAGAAUUGAUAGCGACGCUGGGUUUUAUGUCAAAGCUGAAAAAGAUAUAUGCUAAAGGGUUGUUGAAUCUCAUUGCCAUAGAUGAGGCACAUUGCAUCUCAACUUGGGGCCAUGAUUUCAGGCCUAGCUAUCGUAAGCUUUCAACCUUGAGAGACCAACUUUUGGAUGUGCCAAUGUUAGCUCUGACUGCUACAGCUGCUCCUAAGGUACAGAAGGAUGUGGUAAAAUCACUGAACAUGCAAAAUCCGUUAAUACUAAAGUCAUCUUUUAAUCGUCCUAAUAUAUACUAUGAAGUUCGAUACAAAGAUCUUUUGGAAGAUGCUUAUACUGAUCUGUCCAAUAUGCUAAAAUCUAAGGGAAAUGUCUGUGCAAUUGUUUACUGCCUUGAGCGUUCAACAUGUGAUGACCUGGCAGCUCAUCUAAUGCAAAAUGGCAUUUCCUGUGCUGCCUAUCAUGCAGGGUUGAAUAAUAAAUUGCGGACCUCUGUGUUGGAUAAUUGGAUUUCUUCCAAGAUACAAGUUGUUGUUGCCACUGUUGCUUUUGGAAUGGGCAUUGACAGAAAGGAUGUCAGAAUUGUGUGCCACUUUAAUAUUCCAAAGUCAAUGGAAGCAUUCUAUCAGGAGUCAGGCAGGGCAGGUCGUGAUCAGUUGCCAUCUACAAGUUUGUUGUACUAUGGAGUAGAUGAUCGCAAAAGAAUGGAAUUUAUAUUGAGUAAAUCCCGAAGCAAUAAGUCACAGUCAUCAAGCUCUCAGGAAGAAUCAUCCGAAAGGUCCCUAGCUGACUUUAGUCAGAUGAUUGAAUACUGUGAAGGAUCUGGAUGCCGAAGGAAAAAGAUUCUUGAGAGUUUUGGGGAGCAGGUCACUGCAUCAUUAUGUGGAAAAUCAUGUGAUGCCUGCAGACAUCCAAACUUAAUUGCUAGAUGUUUGGAGGACGUAGCAACUGCCCGUUCUUUACACCCAAAAAAUAAUUCCUCUCGAGUCUUUAUCACCAGUUCAACAGGUGGAGUUGGCGAAGAACAAGUAUCUGAAUUCUGGAAUCGUGAUGAAGAAGCAAGUGGAUCGGAUGAAGAUAUAUCUGAUUCAGAUGAUGGUGCUGAGAUUGUCAACAACCUAACCGGAUCAAAGUCCAAAUCCAGAUUGGGAGUGAAUGAAAAAAUCGCAUUGUUACAACGUGCUGAAGAAAACCACUAUCAAAAUGAAAAUGCUGAUAAACAGAGAAACAAGGUUGACAAGAAUGCUAUAUCUGAUACAAUAAGAGGAGCAACCAGGGAAAGACUGCAAAAUUCUCUAAAGCAGGCCCAGCAACGGCUCCAAAACUUGAAGAUUGAAGUGGAAUCCUCGGCAUCUUUACUUGAAGAUGAAUGCUACAAGAAGUAUGGGAAGGUUGGCAAAUCAUUCUAUUAUUCACAGGUGGCAAGUACUGUUAGGUGGCUGUCAACUACAAAUUCAACCGAUCUGAUAAGUCGCCUUGGAGGGACUAACGCUUCCUCAUCAACGAUUGUAUUGUCUGAAGCUGAAAAUCCCCUUACAACGCCACCUUUGUCAGAUCCUUCUGGGAAAGAAGGGGCUGGCAACGGGCCUCAUGCCACUGCUUACUUAGAAACCUCCCCACUCGACUUACCGAUCGAAAGUUCAUCAAUAGAGACAAAGUUGCCGCCAAUUCCAUCAUUCUCAGAGUUUGUUAACAGUAGGAACGUAAAAAGUCACCAAACAAGAACCAAACAAGAGCACUCACCAAGAGUGGAGAAGAGGUCAAGGCAUAAGUAGCUAUUUGUGUUUGAAGGCACCUCCCCAGUUUCUUGCUGCAAUAUUUCUGUAUAGCACCAGCUUUAAUGUUUGUUGAUGGAAGCCUUGUUAAUUUUCUUGGGCUACUUUUUGUCUUUAUUUAGUAUUAUUAGCUCAAAUGAUCCAAAUACAAUGUACAUCAGUAUGGAUUCUGGCAGAAGCACAAGGUGGUGAUGGUGGUCCCAUUGAACUGUGCUUGCUUCAUAGUAAGCUGAAAGGCUUUGGGAUAGUUAAUGAACUAAUCAUAGUAUUAGCUCAUGGCUAACUAGAUUGAUUGUAGUUUAACAGUGAUAAUAAAACAAAUAUUUUAAAUUUC